AUGGCAUUAACAAAAUCCAUAAAGUUUCACGCAGGUAAAGUAAAAUACGAUGAAGAAACAAAUAGAUGUACACCAUUACCUUACAAGGGAGUAAUUUCAAUUAAACCGAGUACAGAAGAAACAGAUUUUUUAGAUUUUACAUGGACACCAAAACAACAAGAUCAAAUUCAAAUCAAUAAUAGCGACUCACAACAAAUAGAAAAAGAUGAAUUAUUAUUAAUUCCAGGAGAUGUAUCAAUCAAGAUAAUAAAAUCUUGUAAUACUGGAAGAGUAUUUGCAUUUACUUUUUCAAGUAGUGGAGCAAAAUAUAUUUAUUGGUUACAAGAUAUUGGAGAUAUUGAUAAUUUAAAUAAAUUUACUGAAAAAGAUAAUAAAUUAAUUCAACAAAUUGGAUCAUUAAUUAGUGUUGAUGAUAAUGAUGCAAUGGAUGAAGAUAAACACAUAGAAAUAGACAAUAAAUCAAAUGAAACAUUACCACCAUCAUAUCAAGAAUCAACAUCUGCAUUAACUUCUCAAACACAGGAACAGCAACAACCACAACAACAACAACAACAACAACAACAACAACAACAACAACAACAGGAACCACCACAAUUUAAAAUGCCAAUAGGCUCAAUAACAUCAGUACUAAACCUACCAGAAAUCGAGAAACAUUUAGAUAAAUAUUCAUCAGAAGAAUUAAAAAAUUUAUACGAAGAAUAUUUACCAAAUUCAAUUUCUAAAGACGUAACUAAACAUAAAAUUAUAGAAAUUAUACGUAGUGGAUUUUAUCAACAAAAUGAAAAAAAUUUAUCUGAUCAUUUAAAUUCAAAUGAUGGUUCUGGUUAUUUAUUAUCACAAAGUUUAAAAUAUGAUUAUAAAGGUGAAGGAAUUGAAAAUUUUUUAAAUGGUAUUAGAGAAUUAGGGAAAAAGGAGAAAGCAAAGGAAGAAGAAGAGAAUUCAAAAGGAGAUUGA